AGAGAAAGGGAGAGAGGGAGAGUUAGGAGGGGAGAGUCCAGCCCUGGACCACCACAUGCCAACUUUGCAAAGAGAUGAGCUGUCUCCUCAUCCCUUGCCAGUGGAUGCUGGGCCUCUCUCCUCUUUUCCUGGGGACGGAAAGGCGUCUGCUUGGGGGCCUCCAAAGUGCCAUCCUAAGCGACAUCCUUUUCCUUGGCAACUCCCUUUUCCUGCGCCUCCCAAGGCCAAGACAAGCAGCAGAAGGAGCAGCCCAGGCUCAGACUCCGCUUCCCAGCUGAGGCAGGCGCAACCUAGUUGCUGCAAACUUUUUCCCCCCUCCAAAUAUAUAUAUAUUAUUAUUAUUUUGGAGCAACUCCAAGGAGGGCAACAUUUGCAUCAAAGGAGGAAACAGAAGAAGGGGGAAAGUGUCUUUGGCAAGGCAGAAGAAGGGAGUGAGAAAAGGAGAGGAGGGAGGACAUCCUUUGGGAUCCCCUUCCUUUCUUCCUUCCCUCUCUCCAUCCAGAAGCACCUCAGGGUGGCUUCCUUUGGGAAGACUACUUCUUCCUCUUCUUCCCUUUGAAGUUGAAUAUGAUCCCCAAACUCUGGGCUCCUCUGACCGCCUUCCUCCUCCUGCAGGGAUUGCUGCAGCUCCAAGGACUUUCCAUGGGAAAUGGACCAAUGAAACCAGAAGUGGAUUUUGCGGGAGACACAAUUACAGUCGACACCGGAGAUGCGUUUGCCAUAACUUGCAGGGGCGCAAAAGGUUUGACCUGGGGCUGGAAAAAUGACCAGUUUGUGGGCGGCAAGCGGUGGCACACCAGGGUGCAGAAGUGUCCCGACAGACCAUCCCUGGUUUGCAACAGGCUUGUGGUCAACCGUGCCGUGGCCAAUGACACCGGCUACUUCACCUGCUUUUACAGCCACCUCUCUUCCAAUGAGGAACUCAAGGCCAAGUUAUACGUCUUUGUCAAAGACCCCAAAAUGCCCUUUGUGGACAACCCAGCGCACCCCGAUGUCAUCUACAUAGAGAACCCGCAGACUGUGAUCACCGUUCCCUGUCGCGUGACCUCGCCGGACAUCAGGCCGAUUCUGCAGCUGCAUACUUUCCCAGUGACAUUCAGCUACGUGAAGAAGGAAUGGGAUCCCAAAAGAGGCUUUCUCAUCACUUCGCCCUCCUUUGAAUUCUUCAGCACCAUGCUCCAGUGCGUGGCCACCGUCAAUGGGAAGACGUACACCACCUAUUACCUCCCACAGAAAGUGGAGAAUAACAUCUGGAACCUGACUCUGACAGCAACCCCUGAGAAGCUUCUCAUAGGAGACACCCUUCACUUGGAGUGCAAAGCCAAGACGAAGUACAACGGUCGGAUCCCAAUUGUAUGGACAGACCCUGGAAGCAGUAACUACUAUGCUUCGAGAGUUUUGGACAAGAGUAAGCCUGUGUACAAGGGCUCCAGCAACCUCACCAUCCACAACGUGACCCUGGAAAACAAGGGAAAGUACACCUGCAAAGUCUUCAACACAACGCGUGGAGAUCUGACGGCUGCCGUCACUGUCGCAGUAUAUAAGAAAGCUUUCCUCCACGUGUAUAAGAAGAAGCAGUAUUAUGAGAUCUUGGAAGGACAUCGGUUGCUGAAACUGACUUGGAAGGUUGAUGCUGUUCCCAACCCCCGUGUGACCUGGUACAAGGACGGCAAGCCACUGCCCACAAACAACUGCUAUGAACCUGAUCCUGCAAAGUACAGACUCAUCAUCAGGGACGUGAGUGCAAAGCAUGCAGGGAACUACACCAUACUCCUCAACAAUGUGAAGCAUGGCCUCUCUAAAAACCACACCAUCCAACUGGUUGUGUUAGAGAGGCCCAAAAUCUAUGAAAAGGAGACGGAUUUUUACAAGCCGGACUUGGUCACCAAAGGAGAGGAGCAGAGCCUCCAAUGCACGGCAAGCGGGACUCCACUGCCCAGCAUCCACUGGGAAUGGGAGCCCUGCAGUCAUACAGACAGCCAAUGCAAACAGCGUGGAGGGAAAAGCAAAGUGGAAGAGACCAUUGGGAGCGAAGCCACAUACACGGCAAACAGUAUCAAGAGCAUUAAGAUGAGGACAACGACGCACGACGACAAGUUAAAGAUCAUAAGUGUUCUGACGACGGCUGCGAACAACGUCUCUGGGAUCUACUUCUGUGUGGCUUCCAAUAAAGUGGGCACCGAAGAAAGAAGGAUUGAGUUCUUCGUCUCUGACAUGCCCUCAAAACUACAGACUGACCCCCAGGUCACAGCCAUUGUAGCUGGAGAUGUCCAGCUGACCUGCAAGUCCUCCAAGUACCUCUACAGCCACCUCUCGUGGUAUGACCCCACUUUGCAGGAAAUCCCGGAGUCCUUCACCCAGAAGAAGGUGGAUAACUACUCCAUCUCGGUGACGCUGGGCCUCCAGAAUGUCUCCCAGGCCCAGUCAGGGCUCUACAUGUGCAGGGCCCGGGCCCACGGCAACAGCACCGAGGGGCUGGAGAAGAGCACCAUGCUCAGCAUCAAGCUUAAGACCAUCCCUCGCAUUAUGGAGAACUUGACCGACUUGGAGGUGAACGUCAGUGGGAAGAUCGUCCUCGAGUGCCGGGCCCGUGGGACACCCCAACCGGUGAUCGCGUGGCUGAAGAACGGCAACCCCAUCACCCCAGCUUCAGGGAUUUCCAUGGAAAACAACACGCUGGUGAUUGAGCGGGUGAAAAAGGACGACGAAGGCCACUACGAAUGCAAGGCGGUCAAUGAAAUGGGCCAAGUCAGCACCCAGGCUUUUAUUAAAAUCGAAGGCUCUGAGGAAAAGUCCAAUAUCGAAGUCAUCAUUUUGGUUUGCACAGGACUCGCAGCAACUCUUUUCUGGCUUCUCCUGACCCUCUUCAUCCGGAAAUUAAGAAAACCAGAUGCCACAGACAUCAAAACAGGGUACUUGUCUAUCAUCAUGGAUCCAGAAGAGAUGCCGCUCGACGAACAAUGCGAACGCCUCCCGUACGACAGCAGCAAAUGGGAGUUCCCAAGAGAUAGGCUGCGGCUGGAGUGUGCAACCACCAACGAGUGCAAAGCCUUGAUGUCCGAGCUGAAGAUCCUCAUCCACAUUGGCCAUCACUUGAACGUGGUCAACCUCUUGGGAGCAUGCACCAAGCCAGGAGGUCCUUUGAUGGUCAUAGUAGAAUACUGCAAAUAUGGAAAUCUGUCUAAUUACCUCCGAGGGAAACGCGGAGACUUCAUUGCAAGCAAGCCACAGGAAAAUUCAGACCCUGCGGAAAAAGGUCUGGAAGAAUCAAUCAAUGAUUUAACUGAGUUGAUCAAGAGGCGUUUGGAAAGUGUGGCCAGCACCGGAAGUUCUGCCAGCUCUGGAUUCAUCGAAGACAAGAGUUACACUGACUCCGAAGAGGAAGAGGAAGAUGCCGAAGAUCUCUACAAGCGGCCCUUGACCUUGGAAGACCUCAUCUGCUACAGCUUCCAGGUGGCCAAAGGCAUGGAGUUUUUGGCCUCAAGAAAAUGCAUCCACAGGGACCUGGCAGCCAGGAAUAUUCUGCUCUCCGAAAACAACGUGGUGAAGAUCUGUGACUUUGGCCUCGCGAGGGAUAUUUACAAAGAUCCCGACUAUGUGCGGAAAGGCGACGCAAGGCUUCCGCUGAAAUGGAUGGCUCCGGAAGCCAUUUUUGACAAAAUUUACACAACCCAGAGCGACGUGUGGUCCUUUGGUGUGUUGCUGUGGGAGAUAUUUUCUCUAGGGGCCUCCCCCUAUCCAGGGCUGCAGAUCGAUGAGGACUUCUGCCGGCGCCUCAAAGAAGGAACCCGGAUGAGGUCUCCGGAAUAUUCGACUCCAGAAAUGUAA